AUGACGUUAAGGAAUCUGGAGCCGACACUGUACGACUUCACUGUGCUGAUCUCAUACUGCACCCCGAUAUUAAUGUAUAACAUACGUUACGUCAGCUCCAUCUUGACGUUUCCAACUAUCAAAUAUGUGCUAAACAGCUUGGAACAUGAUUACGUUACACUAAAGGAUCCCAUGGAGUUAAAGAUACUAAUGAGGCACUCGCUACUGGCGAAACGCAUCGUCCAGAUGUAUAUCGCUUUGACCUGUUCAGGAUUGCUGUUUAUAAUCGCGACGUUAGGAGUGCCGACGAUACAACGUUCGGACCGUCAGCUUCGUUCCUUGUACGUGACAGGAUACUUUUUCAACGAGAGAAGCAUACACAGCAAUCUCACAUGUUUGCACAUCAUUCUGGGAUCGAUACACGGCCUGACGUCGUUCAUAUGCACCGAGGGCACCCUGACCGUCUUCUCCACUUAUGUCAGCGGACUGCUGGAUGUCGCCAGACAAUUGACGACGUACGCGGAUGGCGUCAUGCUGCCGUCGUUCGCGAUGAUGAUACUAAUGGUCAUCUCGUUCGGAGUCAAUACGUAUCGUAUUUUUAUAGCUAUUACCGAGCUGGGAGAUGCCGACGACAUUAUGUUCAGCAUGCAAUUAUUUGUGGCGCAACUGGCGUACAUAUGCGGGAACAAUCUCAGCGGACAAUUAGUUUUGGACCGUAGCGCCAAAAUCAUCAACGAUAUAUACAAUUCGCCAUGGUACCGUUUAUCACCAAAGCUCCAAAAGAUGAUACUGUUCAUACUGAUGAAAUCGCAGACUCUACUCAAGUUUAAUUUUGUCGGAUUAUUUACACCAUGCUUUGAAGGUUUCUCGACGAUACAAUUCGCCAUGGUACCGUUUAUCACCAAAGCUCCAAAAGAUGAUACUGUUCAUACUGAUGAAAUCGCAGACUCUACUCAAGUUUAA